GUAACUUAAAGGUGCUCCAAAAAUCAGUAGACCUAAAACACAUUUUAAUCUAUUUGUCAACUUCUGAUUUUGUAAAUUCUCAGUACGAAUGAGAAAGGGGCUGUUCUGACUUCAACACAGGCAUUCUGGUGUGACCAGUAUGAAACGGGCUUCAUUUCUGCUGCUCUUUAUAAUGAUCUGUAAAGGAUCAUUAAAGGAAUUGAACUGUUGAAAGGCAUUACGUGGUUCCAUGGUGGAUAACUGUCACUUCAAAACAAUUUAUUUUGCAAAAGGAAACAUUAAUACAGAUCUUUUCAAACAUUUUCACUUGUUUUAUAGCAAGCAACUAUGACAGUGUGUAGUGGCCCUUCCAGCAGAGUAACAACCACCAUCUUAUGGGUACUUAUUUCUACAACUCAGGCUGCAAGGUGGUACCCCAAAAGUUUGCCAUGUGAUGUGACUACUCCAGAAAAUGGAACCACUGUCCUUGUUAACUGUAAUGAAAGAAGACUUACAGAAGUACCAAAAGAAGUUCCAUCGAACGUCACAAAUUUGACUCUGACCAUAAACCACAUACCCUUCAUUGACAAGACAUCCUUCAAAGGACUGGAGAACCUCACUGAAAUUGACUUCCGCUGCAACUGUGUUCCUAUAAAAAUAGGGCCAAAAGACCACGUCUGCACAAAGAGUCUGAGUGUUGAAGACGGGAGUUUUUCAGCACUGACAAAUUUAAGAGUACUGUACCUGGAUGGCAACCAGCUCUCAAGCAUACCUCGGGGUCUUCCACCCAACCUGAUUGUGCUCAGCCUUGAAGUAAACAGGUUUUCCUCCAUUCUCAAGACAAAUCUGUCAGAACUAACAAACGUGAAAUAUCUUUAUUUUGGGCAGAACUGCUACUAUCGCAAUCCCUGCAACACUUCAUUUCAAGUUGAGGAUGGUGCAUUCUAUCACCUGAAAAUGCUAACUUUGUUAUCUCUGAAAUCAAAUAACAUGUCCUAUGUUCCUCACAACCUUCCUACAAGCUUAAAAGAGCUCUACCUUUAUAAUAAUAACAUUCAAAGGAUAUCUAAGGAAGACUUUCAAAAUAUGACUAAUCUAGAAAUACUGGAUUUAAGUGGGAACUGCCCACGAUGUUAUAAUGCACCAUUCCCUUGUGUACCUUGCCCCAAUGAUUCCCCGAUACAGAUAGAUUUACAUGCCUUUCAGGCGUUAAAGAAACUGAAGAUAUUACGCCUUCACAGUAAUUCUCUGAGGAAAGUCCCUCCAGAAUGGUUUAAACACACAGAUUCUCUUAAAGUUUUAGAUCUUUCAGCCAAUUUUUUGGCUACAGAGAUAACAGUUGCUGCUUUUCCAAAAUAUUUACCCAGGCUUGAAGAGUUAGACCUCUCAUUCAAUUAUGAGCAACAAAGGUAUCCUGCAUCACUUUGUCUUAAUGAGUCGUUUUCUUUGCUAACCUCACUCAAGGUGUUGAGAAUAAGGGGGUAUGUUUUCAAAGAAUUGAGAAGAACAGAUAUUACUCCAUUAACUAAACUUAGCAAACUUGUGAUAGUUGAUCUUGGCACCAACUUCAUAAAAAUGACAAACCUAAAUUUUCUACAGGACCUUAAAAGUUUCCAGAUAAUAAAUCUUUCAGACAACAAACUAUCCUCUUCUUCCGAGGAAGAGCAAAUGAAUGGGUUUUUGUCAAGAGAUUCUUCACAUUCUCCAGUGGGAAGCAAUGCCCAGUAUUAUAACGAGGAAGAGAAAGACAUACAUUAUUUUAGAUAUGAUGAAUAUGCACGUAGCUGCAAGGACAAGGACAAAGAGGUUGGUGCCUUAAGUACCUCUCUGAAUAAAAAAUGCAGUCAGUUUGGAAAAACUCUGGAUAUUAGUAGAAAUAACAUAUUUUAUAUUGAUGCAAAAGAAUUUUUAGGCUUUGGUGAUCUCAGAUGUCUUAACCUGUCAGGAAAUGCUAUGAGUCAGUCAUUGAAUGGCUCAGAGUUUAUUCACCUCACCAGUCUGCAAUACUUAGAUUUCUCAUUCAACCGCCUUGAUUUAUUAUAUUCUACAGCAUUUCAGGAACUGCAAAACUUAACAGUUUUAGAUCUCAGUUACAACAAUCAUUAUUUUUUAUCUGAGGGUCUAACACACAUGUUAAACUUUACAAAAAAUUUGCCAAAACUUCAAAAAUUAAUGAUGAACUUUAAUGGAAUUUCCACUUCAACCAACACAGAGAUGGAAAGCCUUUCUCUUGAAAUACUGGAAUUUAAAGGAAACCGUCUGGAUUUUUUAUGGAGAGAUGGGGAUACAAGAUACAGCAAUUAUUUUAAAAAAUUAUUCAACCUGAAGCUUCUCGAUAUCUCCUCCAACAAUCUCAAUUUUAUCCCUAAGCAAGUUUUCAUGGGGUUACCAGACAAACUCUCUGAGCUCUACAUAAAUAACAACAAUCUGAAAACGUUCAGCUGGGAAAAGCUAGACCACCUCAAUCAACUACAGAUUUUAGACCUCAGCACCAAUCAAUUAACCACUGUUCCUUAUGAGCUCUCUAAUUGUACCAAAUCUCUUCAAAAAUUGCUCUUGAGCAACAACCAAAUCUCAAAACUUACCACAUAUUUUCUCAGGGAUGCUUUUAGCCUGAAAUACUUGGACCUCAGUUUCAAUCAAAUCCAGUACAUUGAACAAUCCAGCUUCCCAGAAAAUAUUCGGAAUCACUUAGAAAUCCUAUUGCUGAACGGAAAUAAAUUCAUGUGCACAUGUGAUGCUGUUUGGUUUGUCUUAUGGAUCAACCAAACAACAGUGAAAAUCCCCCGUCUGGCUACAGACGUGACCUGUGCCACUCCCAGGACUCAAAAAGACCGCAGUGUCAUCUUUCUUGAUUUACAAACCUGCGAGCACAAUUCCCUAUCAAUUAUAUUAUACAUCUUGUUAACCUCUGCCAUUCUCAGCCUUCUCUCACUAUCUAUCUCCAGUCACCUAUUUUUCUGGGAUGUAUGGUACUUUUAUCACUUCUGUGCAGCGAAGAUGAAGGGUUACCGUUCUCUGUCAUCACAAAGUUCAUGCUAUGAUGCUUUUAUUGUCUAUGACAGGAAGGAUCAGGCAGUUUCUGAGUGGGUUUUCCAUGAACUUCGAGCUAAUUUAGAAGACCGAGGAGAUAUGCAAUUCCAACUGUGCUUGGAAGAAAGAGACUGGAUACCUGGCUACCCCCUCAUUGACAAUCUGUCUCAGAGUAUACAGCAAAGCAAAAAGACGGUGUUUGUGCUCACCAACAGGUACAUAUUGAGUGGAAAUUUCAAAACAGCGUUUUACAUCGCUCAUCAACGGCUCAUGGAUGAGAAAGCUGAUGUUAUCAUUUUGAUUUUCCUUGAAAAGUGCCUGCAGUAUUCCAAAUACUUAAGACUGAGGAAAAGACUGUGCAGAAGCUCUGUACUUGAGUGGCCAUCAAACCCCCAAGCCCAGCAUUAUUUUUGGCUGUGUCUGAGGAAUACAAUGGCUACAGAUGGCCACACACAGUAUAACAAUCCCUUUGAGGAGACACUGUAGAAAUUAAAGAAUGUGGUUUUCAAAGAGUGUAACAUUGCCAAUAAUGUUAAAAUAAUAUUUCAGGGAUUACAUUGUGCAGCCUUUUAACAGUUCAGUUUUUCAAAUUCUUAUAUUUAUACAACUGUAAAUUACAUUUUUGUGAAGAUUCUAGGACAUGGGACGUGGGGCAGCUGAGUGAGUCA